AUGUCCACACAAUUUGAAGAAAUCGCCUCAGACCUACCCAUCCUAUCAAUAUGUGAAAAUAUUGCCACACUACUGAAAGGACUUCCAUUUCAGUCUCCAAAAGUCAAACUGACAGCGAAUGGGAUGGCAAAAACUGAAUCCCGCCUUGAAGAAUACCUUGAAGUUUCCACAGAUCAUUUCAACCUCUGCAAAAUUCGGCCCUUCGGAAAAGAUUUCCACACAAUCAAGAGAUUUCUCCGCCCAGCCAUCGAAAGCGCCCAAGAUCGAAUCCAGGAGAACAUAGGGGACUAUAGCCCUCCGCAAGUUCUAGACGAGCUGACUCUUGCAAGCCUCUCCAACUCGCAGCUUCCUACUCCCGCAGACGAAGAGCUUUCAUUUGUUCGGAGAGACCCUCAACUGCCACGACACAUGGUGCCCUUCACGCGGAACAAGGACUUCUCUGGCCGCCGUGAUGUUCUUGAGGAAUUGGAAGAAUUCCUACUGCCUCAGCUGUCGAACCAGUCCACCGAAGACUUUCGUGAGGAAGGUCUAUCAACAUUUGCAUUGUGCGGUCCAGGAGGCAUGGGAAAAACCCAGAUUGCAGUCGAAUUUUGCUUAUCUCACCUGGAUGACUAUGAUGCUAUUUUCUGGCUCCACGCCGACGAAGCACAGGUAUUGGCCAGCGAAUUUAGCAGGAUUGCGAUCGAGCUUGGCCUUGUGCCAGAAGUAUCCCUGGAUGCCAAGGACUUGGACAUUACCCGCGAGAUGGUCAAGGGCUGGCUGGCCAAACCCGUUCGAUCUUACAAAAGACUGGAGAACGGACCUGACGGAGAGGCUUCAUGGCUUCUCGUCUUUGACAACCUGAGCAGUCAUGAUCUUCUAGUAGACUUUUGGCCUCCAAUUGGAAGCACGGGGUCUAUUCUCAUCACGAGUCGAGAUCCUCUGGCGAAGACGAAGCUUUAUAACUCGGCGCACGGCAGGGCUCUGGAACCACUUAGCACCCCUGACGCCAUUUCUCUGCUGCUGAAAGCUACGUGGCGCGAGAAUGAAGCUAGUGAACACAGUUGGGCUGAGCAGGUGGUUCAGAGACUUGACCGAUUCCCUCUUGCCUUGACGCAGAUGGCAGGCGUCAUGAUUCGCCAGGACCUUUCGUUUCAGGAAUUUGUGUCCCGUUAUGAUGAGGAAGAAGCUCACCAGGAACUAUUCAGCCUCUCCUUCGAGUCCAGAAACCGACCAGAAUCUUACGUGCACACAAUUGCAUCUGUCUGGGCUCUUCAGGGAUUGCGUCACUCGUCCGCUCUUCUCAGUGUCCUGUCAUUCCUUGAUCCAGAUGGCAUAUCUGGCAGAAUGUUGGAGGCUUCAGUUGGGAAAGUUCACUGCUCUGGAUAUCCGCGGACCAUGACCGAGUACCAAGACGCUAGAUUCGAGCUUUGGAAGUCUUCACUGAUUUCAAACUACCGAGAAUCUCAGACCAUUACGGUUCAUCGACUGAUUCAGGAUGCCGCACGGGCAAAGCUUGACCAUCAAAGCUUUAUUGAACAUUUUGAACUGUUGAACGAACUUGGAUGGUACCACCAAGAGCGUGGAAUGAAUGAGCCAGCCAUAGGAUGUUUCAAGCUCGCACAAAGCAACCUCUACUCUUGUUUCAAUGGCAGGGAUAAUUCUUCAGCUACUGACGACGUUGAUAGAGCCCGCAUUCUAUUGGCUGAAACGCAUCGAAACAUGGGCUGCAAUGCGGCAGAGAUCAACCAAGGGGAGCUGGCCCGACACAACUUCCAGAUCUACAACAACAUGAUGAUAGAAGCAUCUCAGGCUCCAACUGCUGAGGCUGACCCCCGGCUUCCCAUCUCUUAUUUUGAGCUAGCCACGGCGCACAUCAUGUUACGGAAUUGGGAUGAAUCCAUGCGCUGCAACCAUGCAGCUCUUGAAGAAGCGGCCAAAAUUAAAGAUGUGACGAGGUUAACGCCGAUUCGGACUUUGACGCUUACAAAUCUUGCUUGCGCCUGUCUUCUGACAGGACGAACCGAGGAAGCAUUGGGCCAUGCGUCAAUGGCGCUAAAAGAACGCGAGGCUCUCUAUGGUCCCAAUGACCGCCAGUCUAUGAUAACCGGAAGAGUGCUUUCGGCGCUUGGCAACAUCCAUGCCGCACUGGGCGAUGCGAAUCAGAGCUAUCAAUUCCACCACCGUUCUAUGAUCCACUUCCAAGAGACCAUCGGCAACUACCAUCACAGAACAGCUGACAUGUGUUGCAAAAACGCUGCUCACCUGGCCAAACGUAGAGAGCUGUCUGAAGCGCUGUAA